AGUAUCAUCUCUGGUGUUGCUCUCAUGCAGGAUAUCGUGCCAAUCUUUUACCACCUGGUUCCUGCUCCCAACAAAACCAAGAAUGGAAAAGGAGAAAAGGAGAAGGAAGCGGAGAAGGAGAAGGACGUGAAGGAUGAGUUCACCGAAGCGCUGCGAGACCUAAAGAUCCAGUGGAUGACCAAGCUGGAGAGCAGCUCGCUGUUCGAGGAGCUAAAGGAGGCGUUCCCCACACACCUGCCUCUUCAUGUGCAGAGACUGCAUCAGCUGGACUCAGAGAAGGAGCGCUCGAAGCGCCUGCCAGAGAUCGCAGCUGCAGCCGAUGCGGUGGUGUCUCACAUCGACCAGACCGCUCUCGCCGUCUACUUCACCCUGAAGACGGAUCCGCGGCCCGACGCCGCCUCCAUCAAGAGUGACAUGGAGAAGCAGAAGGCGUCUCUGCUGGAUGCGCUCUGCAGGAAGGGCUGCGCUCUGGCGGAUCAGCUGAUGCAGACGUCUGCGCAGGAGGACUCCAGCGCAGCUGAAGUGGGCAGCUCUGAGGACGACCCGCAGGCCAAAGCGCUGACAGACACCUUCUGGGAGCUGCAGAAGUGGACAGAGCUCACCGACUCUAAGGUUCUAGCAUUUUCCUACAAACACGCGCUGGCAAAUAAAAUGUACGCGAGAGCCUUGAAGUUCGCGACUAAGAUCGUCGAGGACAAACCCAGCAAAGAGAACUGGAAGAACUGCAUACAGCUGAUGCGCUCUCUAGGCUGGAUGCACCUCGUCUUGUACUCUGAGAACUGGCUGCCCAUCAUGUUCCCGUCUGACUACACGUCCUUCUAAAAUCGUUCAUUUUUAACCGAGGACACGACACUUUUAAUGCCUUCAGGAAGCAAACACUUCAUAUCACACGGUCCUUCAUGGAUCCCACAAUGCCUUUCUGUGCGGAUCACAGCAAUGAACCCACAGUUCUCAUGCUACAGCUUGAAUCAUAUCGCUGUGUUUUACAUCAUACUCGCGUGACGCUCCAGCCUUUGUCUCCUUUUAAGGGGAACUUGUAUAAUAACUUGCAUUAUGUAGUUACUGGGCAUUUGCACAGUGGACAUUUUUCCUCUUUUAACAACAAUAACAGCGUAAAGGUCAGAUGAGCUUCUGAACACAGAAAACGUCAAGGCAAUAUGAUGGACAGCGACUAAAAUCAAGGAAAACUAACUUUAUUUCUGCAUUUUGUUUUUAAAUUAUUGGGUGAAAUAUAUAUAUUUUUUUUUUAUAUGAUUGACCCUUGUAUAAGUCAAAUGCAUGCAUGUUCUAUAAAGACACAAGUGUCAUUUCAUGUUCAUGUUUCAUGUUCAAAAGUCUGAGCUUUUGUGUGAUUUGAAAGUCCAAGUUUUCUCAUGUUCUGAGCCUGGGCUCGAAUAUUUCCUUCUGAAUUUGUCGUUUGUGUGUAAGUGAAGUGGAGAUUGUCACGCUUUCUUUUAGCGUUUAAAUGUGUGCGCUCAUCUUGUGUGUCUCGAGUGAUUCUUCAGGGUUUAGACAUUGAAAACGGAUCAUCUCUGCAUAUCACUUGGUGAACUGCAAAUAAUGAUUUUCUUCCUUAGUAUUUUUGUCUUGU